AAGUUGUUUUCAUAGAAAUGAAAACGAAAGAUCUAGGCACGAGCCUGUUGGGUGGGGCCGGCCGGGCAGUGGGGGCGGACGGAGCCGAGGGCUCUCGCUGCUGGUCUGAGAGUCCUGGGGCUCUAGGGCCUCGACCCCCCACCCGAAGAACUUGAACACCAAGUUGCAGGAUUAUUUCCAGAGCCUGAAGAGAUCCGGAGGCUGCGAGGUCGGCCGGGAGCCAGGCAGCCCGCCCCGCUUCUUGGGGCUCGUUCGCCGGGAGGAUGGCAAGACACCAAGUAAGCUGGAAUGGUUAUCUUUUAACCGGAAAUGUUCUAGCCUCAACCCAAACCAAAGAAGGCCUGAACCUCAUGUUGAUAAGUGGAGAUGUUUCAUAUUUCUGUGCCGAUGUCAUUGUCAACACUGUUCCUAAGGAUCUUCAGCUCGGACGAGGAUCACUAUCUCAGGCUCUUUUGCGGAAAGCUGGUCCAAUGCUCCAGAAAGAGUUAAAUGCCACCAGACAGGAAACAGAGGAGAAAGUGGGUAGCAUAUUCAUGACAAGUGGCUGCAAUCUGGACUGCAAAGCUGUCGUCCAUGUGGUGGCUCCAGGCUGGGAUAAUGGAGCUGGGUCUUCUUCGCAGAUCAUGGCAAACAUCAUCAAGAAAUGUUUGACGACUGUAGAACAGCAAUCUUUCUCAUCAAUCACAUUUCCCAUGAUUGGAACAGGAAAUUUGGGGUUUCCCAAAGCUGUUUUUGCCGACCUAAUGUUUUCAGAAGUGUUGAAAUAUAGUAGCAGUGUGUGGCUGAAAACCUUACAAAAAGUUCACUUUCUGGUACAUUUAGAUGAUGAUGAAAGCCAUCAGGCCUUUUUAGAUAAAUUCACUAGGUGGUCAAGCGGAAAUCCUAAUGAAGACAAGAUUCUCAUGGCUACAGAUUUCCAAGGUCUCUUCAGAACUGUCACUAACCCUAAGUGCACAACAUACCAAAUGAAAAUUGGUGCGAUUACUUUCCAGGUUGCUCUUGGAGAUAUCACCAAAGAAAGCACAGAUGUUAUUGUAAACUCAACAGCAAGGAUGUUUAAUCUGAAAUCAGGAGUGUCAAAAGCAAUUUUAGAAGGUGCUGGGCCAGCUGUGGAAGAUGAAUGUGCUGUCCUAGCUACACAGCCUCACAGAGAUUUUAUAGUUACACAAGGUGGAUACUUAAAGUGCAAGAUAAUAAUUCAUGUUCUUGGGGAAAACGAUAUCAGGAAAACAGUUUCCAGUGUCCUAGAAGAGUGUGAACAGAGGAAGCACACAUCUGUUUCCCUUCCUGCCAUCGGAACAGGAAAUGCUGGGAAAAACCCAGUCAAGGUUGCUGAUGACAUAAUCAGUGCCACUGAAGACUUCACAUGGAAACAUUCUACCCCAUCAUUAAAAAAAGUGAAAGUUGUCAUCUUUGUAUCUGAGCUGCUAAAUGUAUUCUGUGAUGCCAUGAAGAAAAGGCAAAUCACCCCGUCACCAACCUUUCAGCCCUUAUUCUCCAAAGCUGUGUUUCUAUCGGUUAUCGGAUUUUACGGACAACCUAUAAUACUUGGGAAAAGUAGAAGAACUAUGGAACACAAUCUCCUGUCAACUGAUCAUUCUUCUGAGGGACAAAAUCAUGUCCAGGAAACAGGAAUAGCAAAUGAACAGGAAGAAGAUGGAAGAGAUAAUAUUCCUGACUACUGGACUGACAUGAAUCAGCCACCGACCUGUGUGAUCCAGUUAGAACCCGGACAGUCAGAAUACAAUACUGUGAAGGACAAGUUUUCACAGACUUGUCUUUGCUACACAAUAGAGAAGAUUGAGAGGAUACAGAAUGCAUUUCUAUGGGACAGCUACCAGAUAAGGAAAAAGCACAUGGACGUCAAGAAUGACCGUGCAGAUAAUGAGAGAAUCCUUUUCCAUGGGACAGAUGCAAACUCAGUGCCAUAUGUCAAUCAUCAUGGCUUUAAUCGCAGUUAUGCUGGGAAGAAUGAUACGGCAUAUGGAAAAGGAACCUAUUUUGCUGUUGAUGCCAGUUAUUCCGCUAAUGAUAUAUACUCCAGACCAGACAGCAAUGGGAGGAAGCAUGUUUAUGUUGCACGAGUACUUACAGGAGUCUACACACUUGGACGUAGAGGAUUAAUUACCCCUCCAGCAAAGAACCCUUUCAAUUCCACAGAUCUGUUUGACUCUGUCGCAGAUAAUAUACAACAUCCAACACUAUUUGUGGUAUUCUCUGAUAAUCAAGCUUACCCAGAAUAUCUCAUAACUUUCAGAUGUUAAAAAAAUAGGGUUUAAAAAAAAUCUCAAAGAAGUGAUUUCAUCAUCUAUUUAUAAGAACAAUUUAUAGAAUUUUUGUCUUUGCCUUUGGCUUGUUUACAUAGAUUUUAAAAAUCUCCCUGUUAGGUGCUGUAAUGCUGAAAAAAGCCUUUUAAGGUGCUUUAUUUCAAUUUGUAGUAUGCCUUUCUUCUGAGCAUAUUGAUGAAUGGAAGCUGAGAAAUGUAAAUGACACAGCUCUAGCUACAACUAUAGAUACCAAAUCCGUAGAAGAAAAAACAACAAAAUUUCUUUUUUCUAUUGGAAAAUAAAUAAGAUUAAUCACUUUAAAGCCAAGAUGUCAGUGUUCUUACUAUAUGUUAAGACAGUAAACUGUGUUGAGCUAAGCCAUGCUGUUAAAUGAAUGGCUACUGCUGGGCGUCUGCCACAGCUGGAAUUUUGCCUCCUUUAAGAAACACUUACUAGCAAUAGAAUGACGGAAUCGAAGAAUAUCGCCUCAAAGCUGUUGUGGAACAAAUCAGG